AUGUACAAGUUUGCCGUCCUCACCAGCCUCCUUCUCGCCUCUACCGCGCUCGCGGCUCCCAAGUCGCGCAUCGCCUCGCGUCUUGCUCGUCGUGCAGCCCAGGGACGCCAGUCGCUCCCCGCCAAGCGUAUCUCCAACACGGAGUACAGCGAGAACUGGGCCGGUGCCGUCUAUGCUUCCGGUGACGGUACCUACACCGCUGUGACGGGUACCUUCACCGUCCCUACACCCACAACCGAGGGCGCCGCUGCUGCCUGGGUCGGUAUCGAUGGUGACACCUGCGACACCGCGAUCCUCCAGACCGGCGUUGACUUCACCUACUCCGACGGCGAGGUCUCCUACGAUGCCUGGUACGAAUGGUACCCCGACUACGCCUACGACUUCUCCGGCAUUACCAUCUCCGCCGGCGAUGUCAUCCGCGCGACCGUCACCGCGACCUCUACCACGUCCGGGACGGCCGUGAUCGAGAACACGACGACGGGCCAGACGGUCACGGAGGACCUGACGUCGACCUACGCGCUCUGCGAAGAGAACGCGGAGUGGAUCGUCGAGGACUUUGAGGAGAACGGCGCGCUCGUCGAGCUCACCGACUUCGGCACCGUCACGUUCACGGACGCGUACGCGACCACGAGCAGCGGCGAGGUCACGCCCUCGGGCGCGACGGCGAUUGAUAUCGAGCAAAACGGGGAGGUGUACACGUCGGUGACUAUUGGGGACGACGUUACUGUCCAGUACACCUAA